AUGUUACCUCAACAAACAUGUUCAGGAAAAUCAAAUGGAAAUAUUCAAAGUUUUCAUAUAUCCUAUUGGGAGAAGACUUGUUAUCUUGUAGAAGAACACAUACAAACUAUUGGAAUUUCUGAAUUUUUGAGCAAAGACGAAUCAUGCGAAUCUUUAGGAAAUAAAAUUAAUUCGGUAGAGAUGUCGGAAAAUGAUGGAAAGAUUGCAAUUACCAUUGGAAUCAAUGUACUUGUUUUCUACCCCCAAGUCAAUAAAGAAAUGACUGUACAAUGGAAUUUAAUGAAAAUUCUGAAACAUGAUUAUCCAGUAUUUUGUACUUCUUGGGCAGCGGGACCACUUUUGGUAGGAGGAGAAAGUCUUACACUAUGGGAAAACAUAUCACCCAAUUAUGAUAUGAUGAAAUGUACAAAAAUCUGGGAACAGAAAGUUUCAUCUAAAUUAAUUUUGGUCCAAUUUUCUCCGGAUUCUACUUUGUUUGCAACUAUGGGAGAGUGUGAUCGAUUACUAAAAAUAUGGUGGAAUUCUUCUAAUAAUGAAUCUAAAGAACGAAAAUACAAUUUUAAUUAUUUACCACAUCCACGAGCCGUCACUAAUUUUACGUGGCGAAAAGGCCCCCUUGAACAAAAGAAUUCUACCGGUAGUAAUAUUAUUUUAACCAUGUGUAAAGAUGGGGUGUGUAGAAUCUGGACGGCAACUAAUCCCGAAGAACCAUAUAACCUUUAUAUAUCGACAGUCGUUGAUCCUAGCCAAUCAUUGGUGACAUUACAAUCUUCGGAAGAGGAAGAGAUUUGUUCACAGGAUCCUGAUUGUUUUACUCCAAUACAUUGGAUUCAUCCUAAAGAAUUUUUAACAUCUUUAAGAAUUUCGAUGGAAGCUUUUAAUGGUGAUGAAAAUGAUAAAGCAAUAGUUAUUGGUUCAGGAUUAAGAAAAUUGAGCAACCUUGCAAAUGAUACACCUGAUUUGCUUUAUCAAAUUCAGAGAGAUGGAUCAAUGGUUAUUUGGGGAAUACUACUUGUAUUAUUACGUAUUGCACAAGCAAUUCCUAUAUCAGAAGUGGAAUAUUUUUUUGGAAAUAUGGCAACUUUCUAUGAUAAUAAUACUGAUAACACUACUACUGAUUACCUAAAAUCAUCAGUAGAGCUGAUGAUUGUUGCACAAAGUCCUCAUGGUCAUAUUAAUAAAUAUUCUAUUCGCCUUGUUGAUGUGUUUGAUAAUUUACAAUCAACAACCUCACUACAGUUAAAAUAUUCAUGGACUGGUCAUCAUAGUAACAUCAAAUCAAUUAUUAAAGCACCUGGAGGAAAUAAUUUCAUUUCUCUAGCAAAAGAUGGGGAGACUAUUUUGUGGAAUAUAUUAACACCAGAAUUACGGCAUGAUAAACUAAUUGGACCAAGUAUUAUUGAAAAGUCAUCUGUUUUCAUGAAUUCAAGAAUUAAGUAUACGUGUGUAUUUCUGAAUGCAGCUUACGAUGGGACACAAAUUGCAAUAUUUUCAUAUGAAAAUAAUAAUUAUUCACGUCAAAUUGCAGUACUCGAAGAUUACGAUCCCUUUUUUGAAUUAACAUUAUUAUUCUCAUUUCAAAAUAAGAUCGAAAAUUUAUUAACAACAUUUAUCGCAGGAGUUAGUUCACAAAAAAAUAUGAUCUUUUUAUGGAAUAUUAUGGAAAAUGAACGAGGAUUUUCUCCUCAAAUUAAUUUUAUUUCAAGAUCUUCACUUCCGAUGAUGAAUGAGAAGAAGAAUAACGAUGAAAUUAUAAUGGCUAUCGCAGUUGAGCAAUGGGCAGGAAUUAAUGCAAGAAAUUAUCCAUCCUCAGAUUUUAAUCAUCCAGUUCUUUUGACAUUUUCCUCUAAUGAUGGAUAUAUUAGAUAUUGGCAAUGUAUAAUAACGAAUAAGAAAAUUAAAUCAUUUACAAAAAUUUGGAUGGAAGAAGUAAAAUUUUAUAUAGGUGAAGAAAUACCAAAACUGAUCAAAUGUGGACCACAAGGAAAAGUUGCUAGACUUCCCCCCGCCAAAGAUUUUAUCACUACAUUUAGUGAAGAAAUAAUCGAUAUUGAUUGGUUAUUCACAUCCAAUGCUGAACUUGUAUUAGCUGUAUCAACAUCACGGAAAAUAUUAAUAUACACGCAACUUCGUAAACAUUAUGUUUCUAAAGGUGCAAAAUGGAUUUUAUUUUCGGAAAUUUCUAUGCCAGAUAACGUGCCAUUGUCAAUUUCUGGUGUAUCAUGGGGAAACGAAGGUUCACUUAUUGUAGCUUCAGGAAAUCAAUUAAGAUGUUAUAGUAAACGGUUAAGUGAUGAAAGUGCAAAUAAAGUAUCACAAAUAACUGGAAUAAAUAAAUCAUUUCCAACUUUAUUUCAUGUUGUUGACCACUUAAAUGGGCCAUUACCACAUCAUCAUCCAACCUUAUUAUUGCAACACAUUUUAUGGGGCAAAAUGGAUUUGGUUAAACAGAUACUUGUCCAUCUUUAUAGAUGUUUAAAAGUUCUAAUCAAUUAUGAUAAACCAGUAUUGAAAAUUCUUCCUUUACCUUUUGAUAAAUUAUUAGAAGAUGAAGCGUCAACAAUAUCAACAAAUUCCACUCGUUAUAGCCUUCUUUUUGGAGAAGAAAGUGAUGAUGAAAGGUCACAUGAAACUGUACUAAAUUUUACAGAAGAUGUAGCAGAUUUCCUUAGUGAACAAUUAAAAAUUAUUUCUUUACCUGAUUUAUCACCCGUUGAACAAGCACAAUUACUUGCUUUAAUUGAUACAAUAAUUCAAGUGGAAGGUCAAAAAAGGAGUUUGGAUGAAAAUGGUGUACGAUAUGUAUUAUUUAUGAGAAGAUUUCAUUAUUUGAAUCGAGUUACAUUACCGACAACUCUACGAUCUCCUGGAUUAAGUUAUCGUGAUAUGAAUUGGGCUUUACAUAGUGAUUCUCAAGAUUUAUUAAUAGAAUAUAGUAUGGCUGCCUCAGGUGGAAAAUUUUUAUGGAAAGAUGCCAGAGUUCAUGGAAUUUUUUUGUGGAUUCGAAGUAAUGAAAUUGUGCGACAACAAAUGGAAAUUUUAGCACGUAAUCAUUAUAUGUCAAAAGAUGAAAGAGAUCCUACGGAUUGUUCAUUGUUCUAUAUGGCACUUAGAAAAAGAAAACUUUUGUCAGGAUUAUGGAAAACAGCAAAUCAUCAUAAAGAACAAUCUAUAAUGUUAAAAUUUUUAGCAAAUGAUUUCAAUGAACCAAGAUGGAAAACUUGUGCUUUAAAAAAUGCAUAUGCAUUAUUAGGGAAACAAAGAUUUGAAUAUGCGGCUGCUUUCUUUCUUCUUGGUGAUAGAUUAAAAGAUGCCGUAAAUGUAUGUUUGAAACAUUUAAAUGAUUUUCAAUUGGCUGUUGCCAUAUGUCGAGUUUAUGAAGGUGAUGACGGAAUUAUUUUGAAGAGUGUAUUUGAAGAAUAUAUUAUUCCUUUAGCCAUUUCAACGGGAGAUCGAUGGUUGGCUAGUUUAGCUUUUUGGUUUCUAGGUCAAAGAGAUCGAGCUGUCAAAGCUAUAAUGGCACCUUUAGAAACUCUAAGAACUCUAAGUAAUAAUUCUUCUUCAACACAAUCUUCCACAUCAAUUUCUUCACCAUCAUCAUUAAUACCUACGGAAUCACCCGACGCAGCACUUAUAGUUCUUUACAAACAACUUAAAGAAAAAUCUAUACAAACUCUUCGUGGAGCAUCAGAAAUAUCACCAGAAACAGAAUAUUUUUUCGUUUUACGUAGUAUAUUUGCAUAUGAUCGAAUGGGAUGUCCAUUAUUAGCUCUUCAUUUAGUUAGAACUUGGAAAUUUACUCCAGAAUCAAUGAUCAAAAAUCCUCGUCAUAUAUUAAAAUCUCGUAGAAGAACCACCGUAUUUGAUAUACCUAUAUUAAAUAAUGAUAGUAGAAUAUCAAGUGGAUUUAUAAAUUUUGAUAAUUGGAAUAUUAUUUGGGGGAAAAGGGAUAAUGAAAAAGGUGAAUAUCAUGAAAACGGUAAUAUGGAAAAUACUUCAUUAUUAGAUGAUAUAUAUUUUAAUGAUUAUAAAGUUGCAUUAAUUAAACGUUUAUUACAGCAAUUUCUGGAUGCGAUAACAAUAAUUUCUGAAGAUAAAGAAUUAUUUGAAAAUAGUUCAUAUUUUAGUGAUUAUAUCAACAGAAUUGAACACGGAUUGAAAAUUUAG